CAGAUUGACACGAACUUCCACCUGCAUUGUACUUCUCUUCAAGAAAUACCCGACCUUCCGUGACACUUCAACAACGCCCGCCUAUCUUGAAUACGUCCACACAAACCAGAUCCAAAUCGUCGAGAGUGAAAUAGAAAUCGAUUACUCUUUCGCUUGCGCCACCCGGUGUUCGAUACCCCAAAAGUGUGAUACCGAUCGAGGAUCUCGGGCCACAGCAAAGCGCCCGUUGCAUGGUUUUACGUCUCGCAAAACUGCCCAAUGGUGGCUACCCCUUUAGCGACGCCUUCACUCAGCGCGGUCGCGAAACCAGUCGAAUGAAUGCCACCCCUAAACCCAUUCCUGAGCGCCUUCUCCAAGAGCCCCAUCCUCGCCCAGUGCCUGCCGCCCCAACAGCACAUCCUCCUCGUCCCCACCGCCGAUGUCCUUCUUAACUCCCGCGACACCGAGACGGGCGCGCCCCUGCUGGUCUCCAUAGCGUCCGACGACUUCCUUGCAAGCCACGUGUUGCGCAUACCUGUCCCGAAAGCACCAGGGACCGCCGGGAAGGAUGCCGCGGCGCAGAAUCCCCGCGAGAUGCGGGGGAAACCCAAGAUGUACUCCACCUUCAACGGCAGGAGUCUUGUCAUCAAGGACAAUUCCAUCUACACCAACAAGGGUUUCAAGUCGCUCAUCCAGGCCAACUUGCUCCACGAUGCCAUCUGGUACCCCGACACCCUCGAUCCUCGGUCGUUCUUGAUUUACUACAUCUCGCGCCCGCUCGUUGGGUCAUGGGAGGAAGUCCGGGUGCCGCCGGCUGUGUUGCCACCUGCUCGGGAAGGCGAGAAUCGUUUGGUCAAGGCACUGGCGGACGCCCGAGAGCAGCCCGCCGGAUCGCUGAGGAAGAAAGAUAUCAAAACCUUCCAUGAGCUUCUCAACCAUUUCCCGUCCAUCGCCAAGCAGAUGCAAGCGGGCUUGGAGAAGCUGUUCCGCGAGUUUACUGAGGUGUUUGAGCGGCCAUUGCCUCCGCCGCCUUCCGCGAGCGAUAUUCCGGAUCCCGAGCCCGAUGGGCCGAUAAUGACCGCAUUGAGGAGAGCGAGGUCAAACAGUGACGUGGCUCAAAGGACUGGUAACGGGGUCAUUGGGAGUCAAGUACCCGAGACUUGGCAAGACGAUGAGACCGCCAUGAGGACUGCUCUGGAGACGGCUGUUACCGCUGCUAUUGACCUAUUUCAAACCGUCGACAGACAACAGCUUUCGCUGCUGGGCGCGACGACGGAUUUGACGGGACCGCUUGUCGAGCGGCUGAUUGAGCGCUACAUCGCCGAGAACGUGCACCAUAUGCUGUUCCCCCGCCUCGCUGUGCUUAGGAGGCAGGAAGAUCUGGAGUUGGAAGCCAAAAUCAGGCAAAUGGACUUCAUCGACAUCUCGCAGUUGGGCAUCGUCAUUGAUGGAGGCAACCGUGCCAAACGCGACGUCGUCAGCAGGCUAGGGCGGGCCGUCGAGGAGUUCAGGAAGAUGCCGAACGCCAGCUGUCCGCAGGAAAUGAUGGAGAUCCUGCUUUCAACGACCAAGGCGGCCACCCAGCUCACGGAUGGGCCGCAACCGGGGGACACGCCUGGGACAGCGUCUGAGAAACCGGUCAUGACCAUCAACGCCGACACUCUGGUGUCUCUGCUACUCUACGUCGUGAUAAAAGCACAGAUCAAGCAUCUGCAGGCGAGGUUAAGCUACAUUCAGGGCUUCAUCUUCAUUGAUGACGUCGAGAGCGGCGAGAUGGGAUACGCCCUUAGCACGUUCGAGGCAGUGCUGUCAUACCUGGACCGCGAUUCCGGGGGGCUGAGGCGAGCGAGCUGGCGAAAUCGAGCGCUGUGGGAUGCUGUAUCCAAAGGCGACUUGCCAGAACUACGAAGGAUUAUGGAGCCGGACGAGGAAGCCAUCGAGGAUGACGGGGGCGUGCUCGGGCCAACUCACUCUCGGACGCAGUCGUCCAGCGGUUGGAGCUUCACCAACGGGACCUCAAGACGGUCGUCGUUGAGCUUUACUCUAUCGGAGAGUUUCUCUUUGGGGUCAGGCCUAAGCCAUGUGUUUCCUUUCCAGAAUGGGACGGACACAGCGGACAGAAGCAUUCCUCCCCCGAAACGCACCAAAAAGGUGGCCAUGGACACCAGAAGCAUGUCGAGCUCGUCUGAGAUAUCUUUCCGCUCGAUGCCCAUGAGCAUCGGCACAUUGAGUGGUAUCGAAGGCGAUACGUCCAUUGAGCGCCUCUCUCAAACGCAAGAUGCGUUUGGGGAGUCGGUCAUCAUGAUGGCCAUCCAAAACAGGCAGCCGGAAGCUUUGAAGUAUCUGCUGUCCUUGAGACAGUACUACUCCGCUGAAGUCAUACUAGGCGACCAGAAUAACGAAGGGACAACCCUAUUCAGCGCGGCUGUGCAGCUGGGAGACGAGACCAUCGUCAACACCAUCCUCGACUUCCUGCUGGAGGCUGCAGACGACAAUCGACUUCGAGACUACCUCGCGAUCCAAGACAUUUGGGCUAGGAGCGCCGCCCACUACAUGUUUCACGCCCCCUUUCUAAUACAGCACAUAGGCAGGCUUCUGCCGUGGCGGCAAAAAGACAAGAACGGGCAGACGCCGUUAUUUGCCCUGUGCCGAUCAUACGACCACCCGAACUAUGCCACCAUGGUCUCUGAGGCGCUGGAUGCGGCCACCAAGACUCAGGGGGACGGCCAGCCGCUGCAUUUGGAUAACCAUGUGGAUGUUAAGGGGAACACGCUGUUGCACAUUGUUAACGAUGCGAAGUUGGCCAUGACGAUCCUCCAGCGGUGCGACGUCGACGUUAACGCAACAAACGAUAAGAAGUUCACAGCCCUGAUGCUGGCCAGCAAGUACGGCCGCUUUGACAUGGUCCGGACGCUGUUUGGCGACCCCCGCGUCGACACCGCAGCCAAGGAGCUUCGGGGGUUGACGGCCGUCGAGCUGGCCAAGGACGACGAGGUGCGGAACAAGAUCGACGACCUGACGCUGUUUUCUCAGAUGCCUAGCAUGGAUUCCCGGACCACCGGAGUUGUCCGCGCCUACUUUGUCGAGGACGCGUCGGUCCGCUUCGUGCUCAAGUCGGGUGCGCCGGUGGACAAGCAGAGCUUCGCGGUCACGACUUGCCGGCGGUCGCUUUCUGACUUUGAGCAUCUGGCCAGGCUGCUACAGAUGGAGAACCCGGCAUCGUGGAUACCCUCGCUGGCGGACCUGCGCUCGCCGACCCAAAUCCCGUCGCGGCCCAGUCGGGCCGUGCUGAGGGACCUUCAGGUCAAGAUGGACUGGUUUUUGAGAGUGCUGCUGCAGCACCCGACGUUUGCCACGCACGAGAUGCUGUGGGAGUUCUUUCUGGUGCCCGACCUGCAGCUGCAGACGAUGGCGGAACGGAGCAAGCUCAAGGCGGACGCGCUGAUGGAGAAGGUGCACGACGAGUUCGAGCCGGUCGAAGACCUGCGCGAGGUUGAACAAUUUAUCGAUCAUGCGCGAGACAUGGUGCGGAGCGUGCAUUUCUCUACGAGGAGUGUCGCGCGGCGGGCGAAUGUCGUCGCCAACGUGGUCGCGGACCUUCACGAGUCCUCAACCCUCCUCUCCCGCACCCUUUCUACGCUUAGCUUCCUCCCCGCCCCCCACACAACCGCCUUCGCAACUUACGUCCGCGCCCUCGCGCCAUCGCACUCCUCGCCACUCGCAGCCUUCUUCACAAUUUUCCUGACUCUCUACUCCAACGUCGAGUCCGUCCUGAAAGCCCUCGCACGCCCGCCGCAGACCAUCGCCAAGAUACUCGCCGUUCGCCGCGACGUGGAGCGGAGCUACAAUUCGCUCUCGCGCGCUUCGCGCUGGCCGCUGGGGCUGAGCCUGCCCGUCUUGGACGAGACGAGGCAGCGGAUGAACGAGGAGCGGGAGGAGAAGGCUAGAAAGAGCGAAGGCGAAGCGGAAAAGUUGGCGAGGGAACUGAGGUAUGCGCAGCAGACCGUGGCGGGGGAGCUGGCGGGGUGGAGGGAGAUGCAUGAGCGCAUUGGGAGGAGGGCCGUCAGGGAGCUCGCGAGGGGGAUGGUGAUUGCUGAGAGGUGUCGUUUGGAGGGGAUGGUCAGGGCUUUGAGGGCUGUUAGGGAGAGUGUGGAUGGGUCUGGGUCUGGGUCUGGUGUUGGGGAGAAGGGGGUUGUUGGUGGUGGUAACGCGAAGGCUGUAGAGGUGGGUGGUCGCUUCUCUUCCUCGUCUUCUGCCCCUUUCUCCUCGGCCUCUUCUUCACCGCUUGUUAAUGGGGCCCAUGGUAAUGGUGAGCAGGUGGGGGAGGAGAGCGGGGUUUGGUGACCGACGGGCCGACCUGGGCGGUGCAGUGGCGAGGUGGAAUGUGGGGACGGACGGAUUGUGAAAGGCGGUGACGCGCCGGGGCGACGGACGCGUUUGGAGGGGUGGAGAGUCGAGACCGCCUUCGGACCCGGAGCUUGCCCGGGGUUACAUCGCCGGGUUGACCAAGUAUGCGUGUACACCGCAGGCUGAAAGAACUUCACUUGUUGCGUUAUUUUUUUCUCUUCUUGAUUCUCCAUGGCGGUGAAGGGUGGAUAGGAUACCCCUGGGCAGUAGAGGUACAUGGACAAUCAAUGCAUUGCCGGUGUACACUGUCUUCGCUUCCAAGAUCUUUGAAGUGGAGGGCGAGAGUUUAGACAUGUAGCAGACUGGUUUGAUCCAAAGUGUUGGUUGAGAUGUUGCGGCAUCGGACGUCUGGGAAUAUUCGGUGACAAGUUACGAGUCCUCCGCAGAAUAGAACAAUGUCUCUAUCGGCCCUC